CCAUGACACAUAGAUGAUCUAGGGAAGCCGUUGCGUGAAAAUGUGGAAAACAUAGAAAGCGGUUAAACAGCCAGGUGUUGAAACAGAAAGGACCGGUCUGAGAGCUAGAGGAGAGAAGAUGGGAUGAGCAAGGUCUCACGUUCUAUUUUGCGUCUGUGCCAAACGAGCGCUACGUCAAACGGACAUGGGUUAGCGACCGUUUUGGAUGAAUCCGCCAUGGAAUAACCGUCGUCUGGAUCAAUCCCGAGACGCUUGUGUGCUUUUAUUUUUAGGGGCACGUUUGACCUUCCGGUUUCGUUCUGCGUACGCGUGGCUAGCUUUGUGCAGGAGACGGACCGCAGGCUUGCGCCACUUGAUGCCCCCACAUUCAAACGUAGGCACACACACAUUCCAGCAGUGAGUGUCUGUGGUCGUCACCUCGCCACCAGAGACAUACACUACGUGCUUUUGGAUUUAACGCGCGACCCCUUCGACCAGCGAUGCUGGGGCUGCUACAGAUGUCUUCGCAUUGAUGUGUGGCGGGUUACACAGAGAUGCCAAUUCCUUCCAGUUAGCAACAACUCUAAAGCAAUGGGAAUCUAAAGGAGAGUCUGCAGCUCUCCUCUCAGGGACAGUCUUCUGCAGCACUCUACUCGUCACGGGCCUGCCUGGCAUCGCUCAUCCACAUUAUUCCUAUUUUCAUCCACCCAUCUUUCCCCAAUCAUGAAAGGCCUGUCUAGUAGUCGGGGUCACCAUCAUGUGGUGUCCUAUGAGCCAUCCUAUGAUCCACUGGGUCACCAUAUGGACCGCAAGCCAUACUUGAUUAGUCAGAUGGACAUCCCCAUGCCUAUUCCUAUGCCACAUCCCGCUGAGUUGUCAUACUAUAAUGCUCAGCAUACCUCGUAUCCCUCUGACAGCAACAGCAUCGUCCCAUAUGGAACCUUCCCAAGGAGGUGUCACUCAACCUCCUCAUCUCACCAUCCUGAGGUAAAGGAUGAGUGUAUGGCCAUGGUACCGUAUGUAGGAGGAGGAGGGGGAGGAAGAGGUGGAGGAGGCUAUGGAGGUAAACCGCCCACCCGGGUACCAGCAAACUUUGCUGACCCAUACGAGCACCAGCCCUCAUUUCACAGAGAUGGCUACCACACACUGCAAUACAAACGAGGAGUGUUGGCUCACAGUGGGGGGAUGGGGGCCAACAACAACAAUGACAGCCCUGGGAGAAUUCGCCAUCUGGUCCACUCAGUCCAGAAACUCUUCACCAAGUCACAUUCAUUGGAGGGUCCACACCACACACAGUCCAAGGGUGCCAAUAAUGGGAGCGUUAUUGGUGGUGGUGGUGGUGGUGGUGGGGUUGGUAGUGGUGCUUCAAGGGCCAGCCCCGAAGGUGAAACUCUACAAAUAGGAGUACGCCAUCGGAAGCGCAGCAAGAGCCGUGAGCGCUGUCGAUCAGCGGAGCCCAAGCAUCGAAGCCACCAUCAUCACCACCACCAGCUCCACGGCUCAGCAUCUGCUCCGGGCUCCGGAUACUGGAGCUCUGAUGACAACCUGGAACGGGAGCUGUGUCUCUACCACCCUCACCACCACCAACCUCCACCCUCACCCUCACCCUCCAUUUCCCCCUCACCUAUCGCCAUGACAAUGGGCCGGUACCCUAACAGCAACUCUGACAAGUUCCCUCAAAAUCCCCUCCCUAGCCUCUCCUCCUCACAGCCUCAGCAGUAUUUUAUGAUGGACCCUUACAGCACACUCAACAAGCACACACACGCCCAUGAACACCUUGGCCACACACACCACCAUUCAGCACUCAAAGCUUCCCGGAGCAACGAUGUGAAGUAUGCAGCAUCUUCGGCAGGUGUGCCAGUUAGUGGUAGCAGCAAUAACAGCGGUGGCGGUAUCGGUGGAGGAAGUGGCCCCUUGCUGCCACUGGUUCUUGGGGACGGGCCCCUUGUGAAGAAAGGGGGAUGGUCGUCGAGUCUAACGGUGAGCAGGGCCCGAGAGGUCUACACCAACAACAGCAGCCACAACCACCUACGAGCCAGCGCAGGAUCCGGUAACCUAAACCUAGAUAGCGCUCUAGUCAUAUCUAAGGGCAGUCAGCAGCAGGAUCGCUCUUGCCAUUUCUUACAGGUACCUCAGGAUGAAUGGAGCGGAUUUUCACCUUUGGGAAAAGAGGAUGACAUCCCAUGUCGAAGAAUGAGAAGCGGCAGUUAUGUGAAAGCAAUGGCUGAAGAUGACAGUGGGGAUUCUGAUGGUAGUCCAAAGCCUUCCCCCAAGGUCCAAGCACGCCGGGCCAGCUACCUAAAGGCCACACAGCCGUCAUUGACUGAGAUGACCACUCUACAGAUUUCAACAGAGCACUCUCCAAAGCUGCAGAUCAGGAGUCAUAGCUAUCUGCGUGCGGUGAGUGAGGUUUCAAUCAACAGAAGCAUGGAUAACCUGGACCCCAAAACCCUCCUUGACCCCAAAUCGCUGCUCUCCUCACCCCAAUAUCGUUCACGCAACGAAAGCUACAUGAGGGCCAUGAGCACCAUAAGUCAGAUGAGUGAGGUGGAGGUGAACGGGCAGAUUGAGCAGGUCUGUGAGCAGGUCUACAGUGAGAUGCAGGCUCAGGCAAUGGAGGCUGCCAUGGACAGCAUGGACACUAUGGACACGUUGCCGAUGCCAGGAUGCUUCCGAAUGCGCAGCCACAGCUACGUCAGGGCGAUUGACCAGGGCUGUGCUGGGGAGGAGGAGGGAGAAGGAGGACGGCCACUGCUGCUGCUGCCAUCCUCCCCGCCACGCACAUCUGCCACAACUGUCAGGACCAUCCAGAGCAGCACAGUGUCAUCUUGCAUCACCACGUAUAAGAAAACCCCUCCACCGGUUCCACCCCGAAACUCGACCUGCUCCACAGCGUCCAAGCCCUACAUCUCCAUCACAGCGCAGAGCAGCACGGAGUCUGCACAGGAUGCAUACAUGGAAGACGAGGGGCCCAGAGGUGACAUGACGAUCCAGUCAGGCCUCAGUAACUCCACAGAAAGCAUCGACAGCAUGAAGGCCUUGACAGCUGCCAUAGAGGCUGCAAAUGCGCAGGUCCAUGGACCAGCCAGCCAGCAUGUCAACAACAGUACCAUGACAGUGAGCACCACCACACCCUCAGUUCUGAGCAGGGGAACAGCUGUUGAAGGCCGCCGAGAAGAGUACAGGAAAGAAGCCCUCAGAAAGGGAAAGUGUCUCUCCAUCGGCAUCCAGGUAGAUGGACCAGAGGAGAUUCUAGAUCUGGAGGAUCCAUCUAAGUUCACAUCUGUGGGGGUGCAGGUGGAGGAUGACAGAGGGUACCGUCGGUUCCAGCGAUCCAACAGUGUGACAGCUGCUGUACAGGCAGAUCUCGACAUGCCAGAUUCACUGGACACCCCUCUGGACUCCCCUGAAACUGACAUGGAAGUCUUAUCAUCUGGCGUCAUCUCCCGGCAAUAUUCCCACGAUGCCAACCCCUCCACCGUUAGCAUCCAGGGCUCAGGGAAUCACUACCACGCCUGUGCCUCCGAUGACUACGAGGACGUGGGCUUCGACCCGUCCAUCCUUCCCCCUCCUGAUCCAUGGAUAGACAACGUAAGCGAUGACCCUCUGGAUGUCAACUUCAGCAGCUCUGCUCUGCUAGAGGUGGUGCAUCGGUCCGUGUGUCAGAGAGACGGACGCUGGUUCCUCAAGCUGCUGCAGGCCGAGACGGACCGGAUGGAGGGCUGGUGUCGACAGAUGGAGCACGACCAGAGGGAGAACGACCUACCUGAAGACAUUCUGGGGAAGAUGAGGAGCGCAGUAGGAAGCGCUCAACUUCUGAUGUCCCAGAAGUUUCAGCAGUUCAGGGAGCUGUGUGAGGAGAACCUGAACCCCAAUGCUCACCCUCGUCCCGUGGCCUCGGAUUUGGCUGGUUUCUGGGAUAUGCUUCAGCUGUCAAUAGAAAACAUUAGUCUCAAAUUUGAUGAGCUUCACCAGCUCCGAGCCAACAACUGGAGAUCCCUCGAAGCCUCCGACAGAAAGUGAAGAGCCUUGCAAACUGCCACGCAUCAACCAGCAUAACUGCAAUGCCAACAGCACAACAGAGCCUGACACCUCUGGGCAUUCACUGAGCCAUCAUGUCUGUCUGUCCAUGUCUCCUCUGCCCUUCUUUUCUUCCUGUGUGUGUUUGUGUAAGUGUAAACAUGUAAAGGACAGUUUGUUUGUGUGUGUGUUCAAUGUUCCAUCGUCAUGAAUCCUACAUAUCACUAUAUAGAACCUCAAACAUACAAAACAUGUGAAUGCUACAGAAUCUCACUCAGAUGUUCACCUUCAUGUUUUAAUUUCUGUCAACAAAGACACUAUAAGAUUUAGGUUUAAUGUGAUGUCAAAUUGGUCUCAUCAGACCAAACUUUUGCUGCUAUAACUUUUCAUGAUGUAUUAAAAAGUUCAUCUAACUUACAUGCAUCAAAAGUCUGCUGACGCACACACACACACACACACACACACACACACACACACACACACACACACACACACACACACACACACACACACACACACACACACACACACACACACACACAAACACACACACACACACACAUGCACACUACUCUUCCUGAAAUGU